AUGGAGGACGAAGAGGGAUAUAUGGCUAUCGACCCAGCACGAAGGGAUGUCUACAUCCAACCCAUCCCACAAAAGACGGAAGAUUCCUCCUCGAACCGCCGAUGCUGGAAAAUCACAAUCGGGGUUUCUCUGCUAUGCAGCCUUGCUCUGAAUGUGGUCCUGAUCGUUCUUCUCAUUGUUUUUCAGAAGAGAGACGGGCAAGAUGGAAACGCUCCCAACUCGUGUCAUUGGAUUGCAGGCAAUUCAACAGACUAUGUGACUCUGGAUCCAGCCACUAUUCAUCCCCGACUCGUCCUGUCCCAAGAUCUGAAAACUGUGAGCUGGGGAAAGGAAGAGAGGAGCCUUCCCGACAACCCAGAGAGAUUUAAUCAGCGUGUUUGGGUGCUGGGCCGUGAGGGAUUCCUCUACGGGAAACAUUGCUGGGAAGUUGAAGUGAAGGGGAAUGGGGAAUGGGCUGUGGGAGUUGCCAAGCAGUCCCUGAAGAGAAAAGGACUACCAGAAUUUAGCACUUCUGAGGGCAUCUGGGCCAUAGGGGAGUCCUGGGGACUUGGCAACUAUUUGGCUUUCACUUUCCCUCAGCAUACAAAACUAUUAUUUGAAAAGAUUCCCCGCAGAAUCCGCGUCUCUCUGGACUACACCUAUAACCAAGUGGAAUUUUUCAACGUCGAAACCAAGAAUUCAAUUUAUACUUUCUUUUCACCCUCCUUUUCUGGGGAAAAGAUCUACCCCUGGUUCCGUGUGUGGGAGGGAACACAACUCACCAUGCAUCCCUGA